GAGCUCCUUUGUAAUCAAGCAAUUGAAUCUUCUUCCACAGACCUAUGGCUGAUCUUCAAGGAAUUAAUCUGAUGCUUCCUCUUCUUAGCCUCAUUCUCUUCCCAUAUAUAAUCUUCAAUUUUCUGCGAUUUCUCAAGAGGGGAUUUUUGGACCCAAUAAGGAUAACAAAGGCGAUGGAAGGUCAAGGAAUCAGAGGCCCUCCUUACAAGUUCUUCAAUGGAAGCACAGCAGAAGCCAACGAAUUGAUGGAGGAAUCCAUGAACAAGCCUAUGGAGCUGUCACAUAACAUAGUCCCCAGAGUCCAGCCUCACUUUCAUUCAUGGAUCAAACUUUAUGGAAGGAAUAUUCUUACUUGGUACGGGUCGACGCCGCGGCUGGUGGUGGGAGAAGCAGAGUUGGUGAAGGAGAUUCUGAGUGAUAGAGAAGGAGGAUUCCCAAAAUACGAGCCGCCGGUGUUCAUGAAGAAGCUGCUGGGUGAUGGGCUGGUGACUUCCGGCGGUCAGAAAUGGGUUAGGCAGAGAAAGUUGGCUACUCAUGCCUUCCGUUCUGAGAGCCUCAAGGGGAUGAUUCCAGCAAUUGUAGCUUCAGUUGAGUCCAUGCUGCAAAAAUUGGUUGAAUUUGAAGGAAAGGAGAUUGAUUUCUUCACAGAGUUCUGCAUCCUUACAUCAGAAAUCAUUUCAAGGACUGCUUUUGGGAGCAACUAUGUUGAAGGGAAGGAAAUAUUUAUCAAAAUAGAUGAACUAACAGCAAUUGCUGCGAGAAACUUUCAAGCAAUUCGGCUGCCUUUCUUCAGAAAGCUUGUGCCGAAUCAAGAUGACAAGGAAUCAGACAAGAUCGAGAAGGCCAUAAGGGAAUCUAUACUGAAACUCUUAUUGAGAAGGGAGGAGAAGAAGAAGAAUGGAGAAGCUGAAGGCUAUGGAGAUGACUUACUCGGAUCACUUAUGCGGGCGCAUUAUGAGGAUGAAAGAAUCACUCUUGAUGACAUUAUUGAUGAAUGCAAAACCUUCUAUUUUGCAGGUCAGGAAACCACUUCCAUUAUGCUUUCAUGGACCGCCCUUCUUCUGGCCAUUAACACCGAUUGGCAAGACAAGUUAAGAUCGGAGGUUUUGCAGCUUUUCGGAGAACGAAGCCUCGUUUCUGAAGAUUUUUCCUCCAUUGCUAAGCUUCGAAAGAUGACGAUGGUGAUCAACGAGGCGAUGAGGCUUUACCCACCUGUACUCAACAUAUUGAGAACAGUGGCGAAAGAUUGCAGAGUAGGCAAUGUUCUUCUCCCCAAAGGCAUGCAGAUACAGAUCUCACCGCUCGUAGUACACCAUGAUCGCAGCACAUGGGGUGAGGAUGCACAGCUCUUCUCGCCGGAAAGGUUCGCCACCACGGCGAGCGGCGGCGCCGCCUUCUUUCCCUUUGGCGUCGGUCCCCGCUUGUGUGUUGGGCAGGGAUUGGCGAUGUUGGAAGCCAAGCUUGCUUUAUCCAUGAUUCUGCAGAGGUAUUCCUUCAGUCUGUCACCAGCUUAUGUUCACUCCCCGGUCUCCCGACUCUCCUGCAGACCUCAGCAUGGAAUUCAAGUUGUGCUGCAGAAGCUGUAGCUGACGGGUAACAGAGCCGCAAAGAGAGAUUGAGGGUGAAGAAA